UCAUGUAAUACGUAGUGGAGUAUUAAAGAAUUUUGGAAUGUUGGAAUCCUAAUACAUACACUCCUUUCCGUCGUGGUAUACUAAAGAAAAAGUAUAUAAAUAAAGAAAACCAAUUAAGCAAACACGUACCCUAGCUAGAUUUUAAUUAACCAGCUAGUAUACACCUAAAUUAUAUCAUCGAUCAUAAGGUCGAGUGCAGAAAGGAUGCUGCAUGUGAGAGAAGAGCUGGCGGCGGCGGCGCGUUAUCGUGAAGGCCCUACCCUGGAGUCAAUUAUAUGGGGGGUGAUUGUGGUCGGCGUGGUGCUUACGCUUAAUGCGGUAUGUAUGGGAAUUACUGCUGCGGUAGGUCCUGAUUAUUAUGAGAUAGAGGACGCGAUUUACACCAUACCUGCCAUGGCCUUAUAUGCCGGGAUAUGGGACACAAUGGCAUUCUUUGCGGUUAAGGCGGCGAUGCAAGCGCGUGGGCUCCCGGUGGAGCGUCAGUUGGAACGCGCCGUGAUCCUGUGGCGUCUGAUGUGCCCUCCCAUGCCGAGCUCGUGGUGGGCGGAAGGGCAGGUCGCCCUGGAAGACGUCGUCACGGUUGAUGAAGCCAAACUGCACCGCCUACCGGCUUGUUCUAUUCUGGCGGUGCUUGGGUUCGAAUUCGCCGCCGCAUCCGCUUCCUUGGCGUUGGGCAUGAUUCGCGCGAAGGCAGUGAAGGCUCUUCCCCUCACAUUUUCAAUUCUUUUGGGUUUAUUGUUUUUCCCGACUGUGUAUGUUCUGUAUAAACAAAUCAUGCUUCGAAAGCGCAUGAUUUCGGUGGCUGCCGCCGCAUCAAGGGUUCACCCCAUCAUCCCUAGCCCAUAGCUGUUUUUAUUAUAUAUAUUGGCCGGAUUCCAUUUUUCUAUUUUAUUGUCUCAAUUAUUUGCUUUCAUACUCCGUAUUUCAAUCAAAUUUAGUGUAUCUCUG